UUUCUUCUGGUUUUUCCAGAUUGCCUUCAUGACCUUGACUCUAUUUCCUAUCCGACUCUUCUUUGCUGCUUUCAUGAUGUUGCUGGCCUGGCCUUUUGCAUUCAUUGCUUCAAUGGGAUGUGAUGAGCAAGAGCUUGAAAAGCCCCUCUCCUGGUGGCGAAAGAUAGUGGACGUUUUGCUGAAAGCUAUCAUGAGAAUGAUGUGGCUUGCUGGUGGAUUCCACUGGAUAAACGUAAAAGGCAGACGAGCAUUGCCAGCAGAAGCAGCAAUAUUAACUGUGGCUCCCCAUUCUUCUUACUUUGAUGCCAUUCCAGUAACCAUGACCUUUGCCUCCAUUGUGAUGAAAGCAGAAAGCAAAGAUAUUCCUGUUUGGGGAACUCUAAUCAAAUAUAUCCGACCAGUAUUUGUAUCUCGGUCAGACCAGGAUUCUCGCAGGAAAACUGUUGAAGAGAUAAAGAGACGUGCUCAGUCUGGUAAAUGGCCUCAGAUAAUGAUAUUCCCAGAGGGCACAUGCACAAACCGAUCCUGUCUAAUUACAUUCAAGCCUGGAGCAUUUAUUCCUGGAGUUCCUGUACAGCCAGUGGUUUUACGUUACCCAAACAAACUGGACACGAUCACAUGGACAUGGCAAGGUCCAGGAGCGUUAGAAAUUCUUUGGCUUACUUUGUGUCAGUUUCACAAUUCUGUGGAAAUUGAGUUUCUUCCUGUGUAUAUUCCUUCAGAAGAAGAAAGAAAAAAUCCAGUGUUAUAUGCCAAUAACGUCAGACGUGUAAUGGCAGAAGCGUUGGGAGUUCCAGUGACAGACUAUACAUUUGAAGACUGUCAGCUAGCUUUGGCUGAAGGACAACUUCGUCUGCCUUCAGACACGUGUCUUCUAGAAUUUGCAAAGCUUGUGAGAAGCCUUGGGCUGAAACCAGAAACACUUGAGGAUGAUCUUAAUAAAUAUGCUACGCGUGCUAUGAAAAUGAAAAAAGACAAGGCUGAUCUUAAAGAAUUUUCAGCAUAUUUGGAAUUUCCAGUUUCGCACACAUUAGAAAGCAUGUUUGCCCUUUUUGAUGAGAAUGAAGAUGGCAUAAUUGAUGUUCGAGAAUUUGUCAUUGCUCUGUCAGUUGUCUGUAAGCCAUCCAAAACUCUGGAAACAAUCCAACUGGCAUUUCAGCUAUACCAGUCAGAAAAUGGUACUAUAACAGAAGAAGAUUUAGCUCAUAUUCUGAAGACUGCCAUGGGUGUGUCGCAGAUUAAUGUUACACAUCUUUUUAGGGCUGUAGAUGAAGAAGAAAAAGGAAAGAUUACAUAUGAUGACUUCUAUAGAUUUGCUGAAUUGCAGCCACACUUUGCAGAAGACUAUCUCUAUCCUGAUCAGAUGGUAGCUGAGAGUGGAUUGGAGACCUCAUCUCUUUCUGCUCCAAAUGGUAUCUGUACUGACUUCAGCCCUGAAAAUGCUGAAGAUAAAAACAAGCCCCUGCAGAAGAAAUGGAACUAACACUACAACUGUUACCUUCCUCUCCUGGUGAGAGGAUUAUCUUUUCUUGGAAUUUUCAUAAGUCACUCCAAUUAUAUAGCAAAUACCAAUUUUGUGUGUGGAAGUUCUUCUACCUUAAUACUGUUCUUUGAUUCAUGUGUGCUAUAUUUAACGAUAUGUUUCAGGUUACUUGGGGAAGGUAUUUUUAUUUUUUUCCAAAAGGACUUUGAAAGGCAAAAAUGUGAAUGUGCUUCAUUAUUAAUGUUCAUAUUUAAAAGGAAGCAGCACUCUUAUUUAUAUUCCACUGGCUAGUUUCAUGUACAAAGUGUUGCACAAAUUGUGCAUGUAUAAAGAAACUGUAGUUACUAUGGUGUUAAGUGCACUUUGGUGAUUAGUGUUUUCCCUAGUUAUGGGGAUGUUUAUUUGGGGCCAAAUUUUGCUGUUCAUAUUUGCAUAGUCAGUCUAGUUUUCAGUGGGAUUAUGCCAUUGAGCAAGGCAAGCACAUUUUGGCCCCUUUUGUUUUAGUUCCAGUGAACAGUUCAGAAACAGUCAUGCAAAAAGUCAAUGAGGAUUACUUCUGUUUUUUUAUCGUUGAAUGACAAAAUUUCUUUUCUUUCAGUCUAUUCCAUGGUAGAAUGAAAAGGAAAGACUCCUUCCAGAUGCAAUUAAACAUCAUUUUUUUUCCCAAAAUGACAUGCCAUAUGCUGUUUGCAAACAGAUGACAAAACUAUGCUUUUGUCUUACAGUCAACUCAUAUCCACCCAAUAUUUACAUGGCAGAUGUUUACACAAUCAUAUUUAUCAGGAAUCAGGGUUUUUUUUUUGUGGCAAGUCUUUUCUUAUAUGCACACAGAUACUACAUCUUACAUACAGAUGACUGACUUAUCAUGGAACAUACUAUAAAAAAUUAUAUGAACACAAAUUUGAAAAGGUUGCAGUUACUCCAGAAGCUAGCAACAAGACACAGAACAAGGAAUGACAGUUAAAUAUCUAUAGCAACAUUAGAUAUACCGUGUAUAAUAUACAUGAAGUCUAAAAUUUAGAAUUAGAAGUUUAGAAUUGGUGGAAGAAAAAACCCACAACAUUUAGUACUAACAUUUCUUAUAUUUCCUUUUGUAAAGCCAGAUGCCUUAAUUAUCAAUGAAGAUCUCAGAAAUUAAAAUUAGUGUAAAACCACAUAGCUCCACUGAUGAGGAAAUGAGCCAAAGACCUCAAGGACUAGGAAGGAGAACUGUGUCACAAAAGAAUUGUGAUGGCAGCUCUCCUUCCAAAUAAAAACUGUCUAUUUUCAAAUCAUUUAUGUGACUAAUUCUGCAGGCUGCACUAGAAUAUGAGGAUUUCAUAACUGGAAAAUUGUCACUGAGAGUUGAUUUCCCCACAUUAAUGCAAAACUAGGCUUGAAGGGUGGAAUUUCAGCUAAAGGAAAUCUCUUUAUGCCUAAUGAUUUUAUUUUUUUUAAUAGGGGUUUUUGUUGUUGUUGUUUUUUUUAAGUGCAUUUUAGAGUAUUGGAAUGUGUCCUUAGGUAUCCUUAACUGUCUGUGAGAAGUCUCCAAAUUGAAACUGGCUUUAAUAGAAUACGUAUAGGGAAACAUAAUGUAAGAAAUAAUGCUUUUUUGGGGGUAUGCAGAGCUACAUCUUCAUUUGAGGUAGUAGUUAAAUUUUUUUAUUUACCUAGAUAAUACAUGCCAGGCUGGCAGGGGUGCCACUGAUUGGCAGGCAAGAUUUAGACUGAAACCAAUCGUGAGAAAUCAUAGGCACAACUUCAAAUUAAGACAUGACAACUCCCAUUUAAGUGCAGUUUCUCAGCUACACAGAGGGAGUUAGGGAUAACUGUGUUAAAGACCUGGAGACAGGGAUGGUAUUGGGCAUUGCUAACUGAACACGGUUAACCGAUUGCUGCAGAAAAGAUGUUCAUCAUAGUGAGAUGCAUAAACACUUGAAGCCUGUGAGAAGGGUGGUGGUAUUUGUUACCAAGAAUUGAUGAGGCCUUACAUAAAGCACCUGUUUGUUUUGGGGCACUGGAGAAAGAUGAGGAUGGCUGGAUGGAGACUGAAGGAAAGAAAAUUUUCAAUGAUUAUUUCAACAUCUUUAUUUAAUCCAGGGAGGGAGACUGGAGGAAGAUAUGAAACUAGUCCUCAAAUACGGAAAAAGCUGCAAAAAGGAAGAUAAGAAGAAUCUUUACUCCACGUUCAUGGUAGAAAUGGGGCCUAUUCAUGUAAAAGACAGGAUAAACGUUAGGAAAACUGUCUUACAGUACUUCUAGUUAAGAUGUGGAGUGGGUAUUCUAGGUGGGAUGAGGAGCCUUCUUUCACUGGAAGCUUUGAAAACAGGAUAGAAAGCAAAGACAGUAUUGAUUUUGUUGAUUAUAACCCCAAGGUUGUAAGGAUAGAUCUCCUGAGAACUAUUUUCUGUGAUUAUAUGUUGUGUAUUUUCAUCAGUAUUUAAGGCAAGGUAGAUGAGCUGUAGAGUCUGAGCAUAUCACAUCCUCUUUGUAAGACUUUCAACAGUGCUUGACUCAAGCUGGCUCUCUCUAAGACAGUUAUCUUCCACUUUGUUAUGUGAGCUUGGGAACUGGAGAAUUUCAAAGUGCAGGGAUGAGACAGGGUACCUUGACACACUUUUCUGAAAAGAAGAAAAGCUUAGUAUCCCAUGGACAACUUUAGUGAGAGAAGCCCCGGGGGGAGAGGGGGGAAUACUCGUUCUACAUCUGCGAAAAAAAGACAAAGCAAGCUGGCUGAAGCGUAAAUAUGAGCGCGUCUGCUUUCUAUGUAUGGUGUUUGGGGUUCUAAAAGGCAAAGAGUUAAUUUUAUCUCUCCUCUCUGGUGAGGGAGAUAUUUACCAGUUGUGGUGAAGGCAAUAACUGCAUAUGAGUAGAGCUAAGCUGCUGCAGAGUGUCUAGGUUUAAAGGGUGCUGCAGCUUGUGAUAGAUGGCCCUUCAACAAAUACAGCACUGGUUGGUGAAGAUGUGCUGAGAACUGCGUGCAUCAAUGAGUUCUAUCCAGAGCUGCUGUUGAAAAAACCUGGUGAGGAGCAUCUUGGUGAGCAAGCAACCAGCUUCUAUAAUGACUUGCAUUUGUUCCUGCUUUUGUGAGAUUGAUCUAGGUAGAGAAAUAAGAUGAAUAAGACAUGAAGUUCUGAUCAGUCUGCAUGAAAAAAUCAUUAAGACUUCAGAUAAUGUCAAUAAAAAUAUGAGUAUCCAGGGUAUUUCAGCGUCUGGAGUAUUCAAGGUAUAAUACUAGACUGCCUUGUAGUGACAGAAAAUCCACAUUAGUAGGGGACAAACUCAGACUUUGUGGGUUGAGACCUGAAGUGCAUUGCAUUACUGCAACACUGUUCACUACAAUUUGUCCAUCAAAUUCACCAAUUAAAUGUUUUAUUAGUUCCACAUAAAAGGUGCCCAACUGUGGAGCCAGCUGGGUCAUGACAAGUCUCAGUAGCUUGCUGAAAGCUUCCUUUUCCCAUUCACCAGACAAUAACAUGUAAGUGCUUUCAACUAAAGUGUUACAGAUUUUACAAACCUUAAAUUUUCAGGGAAACAUACAUCAGUGUAUUUUACAACAAUUUGAUAAGCGGUCCUUCACAAAAAAAAAAAACAGAGGUGUGAAGACAUGGCACUUUCUGAUGUACAUUUUGCUGUUUUUGGGAAAUACUGCCAUCCCUUGCCAGCAGAGCCUUUGCAUCAGACUAAAUUUCUAUGCGUGGUAUGAGAGAUGCUCUGUCAAGGUUUUGUUAUUGUGAUAUGGUUGAGCAAAUAUACUAUGUGCUUUCAAUGUACUUAGCACAGAAAAAAAAUGAAAUCCACGAUAUCUAAGAAGUGUUUUGGUUUUUGUUGCUUCAUUUGUUGUUUCGAUUAUAAUUUAAAAAGAAAAGAAAAAACACAACUAUAAAUAGAAACAAAAGUUCAGAAGGUACAAAGCCUCUGUUUCUACCAGAGAAAGGUGGAGUUCUAUUAUAGAUUUUUCAUGAGUGCGGUGCAGUAAGUAGAUACAGUAAAAGGUAUUAUAGGCAAAUCAUGAUCCUAAAGGAGAAAUUAGUUGUAGACCUAAUUUUGCACCCAUUAUUUUACACUAUGUAUGUUUCAAUGUAGCUAGAAUCCCCUUACUAUGAUAAAAAAGUAACCAGACCACUGUUUGCUAAUCCUGAUUUGAAGGUCAUGAAGCUUACUUGAAAAGGAGACGUGUACAUUAAGAAGUGAUGCAAUCUCUUUAGAGAGAAAGCCACAGGAAGUAAAUACUUGUUUUGUACAUAGCUGUUUAUUAAUAUUUUCAAGCAAACUGCAUAGACCCGUUAGCUAGUUAAAACAUUGGGAUGCUUGGAAAAUGUUUAUGAAUAAAGUUUUUUUCUGGAAAGGGGAUUAUUGCACUUGAACACUUACAUAAUUUGAUAAAUUUUCUGAAGAUAUUUUUAUUUAAUUUAUGCUUCCUCUGUCAGGCUGUGUUUUGUCACUAAACAAAAUUUCCUAUAUUAUUUUAUCAUGUGGUAAGUAUGGCUUUUCAUGUUAAUAAUUCUGCUCACCAGUCCUCCAAAACCAGUAUUUUGAUUGAAAAAUAAAAAUAAAAAUAAAGGACUUAAAGAACAAAAGCUGCAGACCUGAGUAGCAUCUGCUAUACAACUUAUGACGUCAGAAACUGUACAAGCACAGCUUUGCAUAUAUUUGGCUCUUGAACUAGGAAGAGAACAUAUUUUGGAUUUAAAAACAAACAAACAAAAAAACGGAUCAAGUCAGAUUAAUUUUCCUUUACAUUCAAUUACUGCAUUCUGCUUGAUCUGAAACCUCUAUUUUUUUUUCUAACAGCACUUUCAGGAGAGUUCUGUAAUUAAGGCCAGAUGUUACAAAUAUGUUGGCUAUGUUCACAUUAGCAAAAUUUAACUUUGGCUCCUAGACUCAGUGAAACACAAGUUCUCUGUGAACAAAGCUCUGCAGGUAAUUUUUUCUAAUUUUCAGGUAUCUGAACUUCAGCUAAUAUGACUAGUUCUCUUUCAUAAAAUAAAAAUAGGAAGAGUAGGUCCAACAAUCCGUGCCUUUGUUCAAUCAGGCAGUCAAGUGAAGCCUCGAGCUGGCUCAUGAUGAGCAGAAGACUGAAAUAGGCAUUUGGGUAAUUUUGCUUUUCAGGACAUGUUCAUACAGCUGGUCAAUUAAAUCAGCCAUUCUUCAGUCAAAGCAUGAUGUCCUGAAGGUACUGCAGCCUCUUCUAAGUAAUGUCCAAGUCACUAGCAGCACAGCCUGCAAUAUUUAAGUGAUUCUCCCUCUCUUUUUUUUUUUCUAUGAAGACCAGAAAAAAGUACUCUGUGAUGGGAACCUUGAAAGACAUCCUGAAAGGUAAAAUCCUCCAGCACCUCCUCAAAGGAACAAGAUCAGUCAUUCUGUGCGAUAUCUAAUGCAGUGAACUGGGUAUACAAGUUAGUCACUAACACUCUGAUCCAAAUGGGCAUAAAUGAUUUAAUGCUGAGGUAUAACUGCAGAGAAUACAGCAGCAAAGAGAGCAUGCCUGGAUUUGCAUCUGUAAGUAUUUCAUCUCAUAUUGGUCAAGUUAAGACAGCUCCUUUCUCUAGGAAACCACUCAGGUUUAUUUCAAAAUAUUAUUAUGUUUUAUAAGUGGAGGAGUGUGCUAUUUUGUAGAAAGUAGCUUAUUUUUCCCUCAGAUGUUAUGAUGUGCUUCAUUAUAUGCAAUGGGACUAAAUAAAAGUGGGUGAUAUUGAGAAAACAGGUUUAAAAGACUUUUUUCAAUGGAGGGUUCACCAUUCCUGUGAAAAACAGUGAGACCUUUUGCAAGAGCUGACUGUCUAGAUUGCCUUGCAGGCUCUUUAGGCAAAAUAAUUUUGCUAUUUACAUAAUGGCAGAGGCUGCUCAUUCUGUGUUCUUUUGCAAAGUGGCAUAGUAUAGUUUUCCUGUGCAAGCUAACUGGCGUAACUGGUGAAGAGGUCUCUAGCAGUGGAGAUAAAACAGCAGAAUCACUUCAGGACAGCUUGCAUGAAAGUUAUUCCUUUCAAUUAAUUUGGGGGCAGGGAGGGUGUUGGUUCUAUUAAUUUGGAGAGGGUAAGUGCUUUUUUUUUUUUAACAAUAUAUUUGUUAUGCUUCUUGAUUGUGAGCAGAUGUUUGCAUGGGACUGUGUGAACAGCCCAGCUUACUUGAGGUUAGCUUGGAGAUCUUGAGAAGGGUGUUGUACAGUACUCUGUGGAUAUAGCAUUAAGCUUCAGUUUUUUCAUUCUGACUAAAAAAGAUGCAAGUCAUAAUGACUUCUGUAAUAUUCUAUUUUGAUAUUAUGAGUAAGUGUUACUUGAGAGUGCCAUUCCAGAGCCAAAGAAUACAUUCUAGGAAAAUCAGGCUGAACUUCUGCUCCUGAAACAGAAAGUAGUAAAGUCAUUAUGUCUGGCGUAGCAGGAAAGCUCUCACUGUACAGUUGGCCUUUCCCACAGUAAAGAAGGAUAUUUUCCAUCUCUUGGGCUGGUGAACUUAUGUCUCUGUAUCUCUAGCUGUCAAUUGUGCUGCCUCGUUCUUUGUAAGUUGGCUGCAGUCUGAGGGAGACCUCACUGCUCUUAAUCUUAAAAGACAUUCAUAGACUGCUUUUACUGGCCAGUAAGGCACAGGUGAACACUGAAGUUGUAUUCUUGUAACACUACCCAAAACUAAGGCCCCUUGUACUGCGUUAGCUUCUGUCUGCCUUCUCUUUUCUCACACUUAAACCAUUGCAGGUGUGUCCAGGUGAAAGCAAGUUUGUGUUUGAGAUGCUUAAGUGUUUCUAUGAACAUUCUGAAAUUAGAUUCAGAAAUAAAAUACAGUGACAUCUUCACUUGGAUUGACUUCUGACUUUGUCGCUCUUAGUGUAUGCCUGUUUAAUUCCAAGUUCAGAAUGCAGUACGUAUAGAUACGUCAGUAAACCAGUUCUCCUCAUGGAUACUGGAGAAAACUGAAACUCAGACACUUUUCAUCCUACCAUGGUACUGAAAAUGAAAUUCAUCCAAUAGUUUAUUUCUAUGAACGCAUAUGGGGAAAAUCCAAAUACAUGUCUUUUAUUCACUACCCAGCAUGAAGACAAUUUUGUAGUUGAAAUGCUCAAGAAAUAAACUUGUAAAAUCUUGUAUGCCCUAAGUAUAUAUUUUUGUCCUAUGUUUUCUUUUAUAGUAAAGUUUAAGCUAAAUAUUUCUUAUAUUUCUGAAAGGAAAUUUAGUUUAGCCACUAUUGUACUUCCCAGACUACAAAGCAGUUUUUUUAAGUAAACAUCUAAUAGUGAAACUGUAUUUUUAAGAAGGUGGAUUAUGAUCCCUUAAAAUAAACAUCUCUCCUUAGCAGUUGUAUAUACUUAGACAAAAAGUAAAUCAAUUGCAGCUGCUUGUCUAUAUAGUUUGUGUUAGUGAUUUGUUUAUAUUGUUUUCUGUAAUUGCUCUACGGGUAUUAAGAGCUCUGCGUAAACCACUAAUGUUAGAAAUAGAAGUCUGAAGUAAAUCUCUUUAGAAGUGAUAGAUUUUGUAUCCUGAAGGAGGACCAAGACUAAGCAUCUGCUAACUUUUUAUUCUGUGCUAUAUAAUUUCAAUGUCCCAGCAUUGUAUUGAAAAUAUCUGGCAUCUGUUCAGUGGGACCACUUUCUAAGCCCUUUUGUAAUUCCCAACAUCUAUCCCAACACAGGUGUGCAAGAUGUUUCUAAUUUGAUCGUAGGUACAAGUUCAUCGUUUUUUUUUUUUGUUGUCGUUGUUUGGAAGAAUAAAAUUCAGUAGCAACAAGCUGAGAAAUAAUUUAGGAAAUAAAAUUCUUCAUCUCUUGAAUUAUUGUUGGACUUGCAUUGAGGACAUUUUUUAAAGUAUUGCUAUGUUUCUGAACACAUUUGAGGAUUUAAAUGCAAAAGUUAAAAAAA